UUGUCAUAAAAUCUUAAAAAGCCCGGCAAAUACUAUUCUGUGCUACAGAGAGAGUAAAAAGCUCUUCUCUCUCUCUCUCUUCAAUUCUCUCAGAUUUCUUUCUUAUUUUCAUUCUAUAUCUAGCUCCUCUAAAGCUGGAUUCUUGAACAUUUUUUUCCAAUAAAUGUUUCUGCAUUCUUAAAUAAACACUCCUAGGCUAUUUCAAAGUUGGUUCUUUUUUUCUUUUUUCUUUUGGGGUCCUGAAAAAUUUAAUAUUACAGAACUUGGUGGCAGAGUUUGAAACAGAGGAGGGUUAUGAUGAAGCUUUUGUGGGUUGGUAUUGCUGUCGUAGUUGUUUUAGGCAAAUGGGUUGAUGGUUUUGUGGAAUUUAGUCUCAAUGAAACAGAGAUUUCCUUAAUGGAAGGCUUUGGAGUCUCUAAGGCAGGUUACAACCCUUUGAUGGUCGGUCUUACCCUCAUUCACGGAGCUGGCGCAAAAGGAGCUGUCUGCUUGGAUGGAACCUUGCCAGGAUACCACUGGCACCGUGGAUAUGGAUCAGGAGCAAAUAAUUGGCUUAUACAAUUGGAGGGUGGUGGUUGGUGCAAUAGUGUUAGGAAUUGUGUAUAUCGCAAAACAACACGACGGGGAUCGUCAACAUACAUGGAAAAGCUAAUACCAUUUACAGGAAUACUAAGUGCAAAAGCCGAAGAGAAUCCUGAUUUCUACAACUGGAAUAGAGUAAAACUUCGCUAUUGUGAUGGUGCCUCUUUUACUGGCGACAGUGAACAUAAGGGUGCACAAUUGCAAUUUAGAGGAGAGCGUAUAUGGUGGGCUGCAAUGGAAGAUUUAAUGUCAAAGGGAAUGCGUAAUGCUCAUCAGACUCUUCUUUCUGGAUGCUCAGCCGGAGGUCUGGCAUCUAUUUUACAUUGUGAUAACUUUAAGAGUUUGUUUCCUGGAAAUAUUAGAGUGAAGUGCCUCAGCGAUGCUGGAUUGUUUCUUGACGCGGUCGAUAUUUCUGGUGGAAGAACACUUAGGAAUCUAUACAGUGGUGUAGUAGGCUUACAGGGAGUGCAAAAGAAUUUGCCGCAGAUUUGUACUAACCAUCUUGACCCAACUUCGUGCUUUUUCCCUCAAAAUUUGAUCGCCAGCGUUAAGACUCCGCUGUUUAUUCUAAAUGCAGCCUACGAUUCAUGGCAGAUUCAAUCCAGCUUAGCUCCACCAUCAGCAGAUCCCCAUGGCUUCUGGCAUGAAUGCAGAUUAAACCAUGCAAAAUGUUCUUCUACACAAAUUCACUUUUUACAAGGAUUCAGAAAUCAGAUGCUGAAAGUAAUCAGUCGAUUCUCACACUCUCCUCAAAAUGGUUUAUUUAUAAACUCAUGCUUUGCUCAUUGCCAAACUGAGAGGCAAGAUACAUGGUUUGCUGAUGAUUCUCCCGUCAUUAGAAACAAGCCGAUUGCACUAGCUGUUGGGGACUGGUACUUCGACCGAGCAGCUGUUAAGGACAUAGAUUGUCCCUACCCUUGUGACAACACUUGCCACAAUCUGGUUUUCCGAUGAUUCCAUAUAUGAAUUGGUUCAUCCUCGUGAUGACCAUAAUAUAUAAGGAUGAUCUAGUUGAGUAAUCUACAAAGUUAUAGUUUCUGCUACUUAAGAAAUUAAGAACUUCACAAUUCAUUUGGAAAGCAAUAUAUAUGAAAAUAUAAAGAAAAUAAGUACAUUAUUUGGGGCUACUGAGAAGUGCAGCAAAUCUGCUCUCAGCAAAGCUUCCUGCAUUGUAUGAUUGAAGCACAAAAGUAUAAAAGGGUAAAAGCUCUUUAUCUUUAA